GUCAGGUUCCAUAGUUUCUCGCUGCCUGUUAGCGCCCUCUUAAGGCUGUUGAGGACAGAGUUAAAGCAGGACUGAGUUAAAGAGACAGAAGGCGCAAUACCCGUUAUGACUCGACUUGUUCCUGUAGCACACGUGUGCCUUCUAGAAGAGUGUGGCUGUCUGAUCGCGGGAGUGUUUUGAUGUUUUCACAAAAGUUCCCAACAGGGAGCAACAGAUCGAACGACUGAUUGUCGUCUUUGAAUAAAUGUGAAUGAAUGUAAAUUCCAAGGAUAAUCGUGUCACACUGCGAAAGACGUAAGCAGUAAAGUGCGCAGCUAGUUGUUCCAUUAUUCUUUAUUUUAUAUCGAGUUGCCGACAUGCCGAUUUUAUUCAGUGUGGUAGCCCGUGGGCCAAUAAUAUUGGCAAAACACGCUGCGUGCACGGGAAAUUUUGAGGAAGUCACAGAGAAAAUUCUGGCAAAGAUUCCGCCACACAAUGACAAACUCACAUACUCGCAGGGGCCUUAUCUUUUCCACUAUAUCUGCGAGGAUUAUCUGAUUUAUAUGUGUAUUACAGAUGAUGAUUUUCAAAGAUCUAGAGCAUUUUUAUAUCUGAAUGAAAUUAAGAGGAGGUUUUUAGCUGUUUAUGGACAGGGUGCUCAAACUGCCAUGGCAUAUGCCAUGAAUACUGAAUUCAGUCGUGUGUUAGCCAAUGAAAUGAAACAUUAUAGCGAAUCAAAGGAUCUUGAUAGAUUGUCCAAAGUUCACGGUGAGUUAGACGAACUCAAGGAUAUCAUGGUAAAAAAUAUUGACAAUAUAGCGAUGCGCGGCGAGCGAUUAGAACUCCUUGUGCACAAAACGGAAAACUUAUCUGCUAAUUCUGUCACAUUCAGGAAGACAAGUAGAAAUUUAGCGCGCUCCUUAUUUUGGAAGAAUGUCAAGAUCUACGUUAUUGUUGGUGCUAUUUUAAUCGUUACGAUAUAUGUAAUCGUCUCUAUAGCGUGCGGAGGAUUGGCCUGGCAAAAAUGUGUUGGUAACUAAUUUAUAUGCCAGAACGUAAUAAAGGAUUCGUUAUCGAAUAAUCGAUGCAGAAGGAGGAAAUGUUCACGGGAAUUUAGUAUGAGACUGACGACGAUUAUUCAACUCAAAUUUAUUAUACGAAUGUAGUUUUACUAUUGUAUAACACGAUAAAAACGUUGUGCACGUUGCGCCGAAAUAGCUUUAACAUUUAAAGAGGAGUGUUACAUGAAAGCGUUUUUAUGAAAGUUAAAAGUGAUUAGAAAUAUUUUUUUAAGAUUAGUCUUAAUUAAGGGGAACUAUAUCCCGAAUUAGAGUGCUUAUACAUAUCGAAAUGCUCUUGCUUUUGGAAAGUAAUCUGUGUUAUGUAGCAUGGAGAGUUGUUAAUGAUUGCGUUCAGCAGAGAAAGCUGCUUUGCAACUGUUGUAAAAUUCGUGAAUUUGACUGGAGUAUGCUCUUAAUUUUGGUUAAAUCCAAGAGCAUGUACAAAUCGGAUUCACGAAUUUUACACAGUUGCAAAACAGCUUUCUCUGCUGAACGCAGUCAAUGGUUGCGUUCAACAGAUGAAAACGCUCAGUGAACGCUUUGCGCUACGCCGCCACUGUUGUAAAAUUUUCUGCUGAACGACAGCGCUUUACGCUCUUGCAACAUGUUUACGAAGCAGUCGCCAUUUUUAAUAGUAUACUUUUAUUUCGCUCCACCGUUCCGUUUACUGAACGCAGUGUCACAGCUGCUUCUAGAUAGUGUUACCACUUUUUCGGAAUAGUAUACGGUCAUGACGCGUGAAUAUGUAGAUGCAUUUUACGUGGUUGAGAUUUUCGAUCGAUGCUAGUGGCGAAAAAAAUGUUAAAGCUAUUUUGGCGCAGCGUGUAUUAAUACGUAUCUAUACAUACACACAUAUGUUAAUACAUAUAUUACAUACAACUGCGAUAAUCCACGUAUAUUACGUUAUAUGUUUGUAUGUAAUAUAAAUAUUAUAGAUGCAUAUAUAUUACAUAGGUAUACAAUAAUUUUAUUAUAUUACUUUUCUUAUUUUUACUAAUGUAAAUUAGGAGCUACUCUUGGCUUUCCGCGAACUUUUCUACUUUCGCGAGUACGGCCAUAGCAGUUUCAGUUUACAUCAUUGCACCCGGUGAACACGUAUAAUUGUCAAAUUGUACCUUUUACACCAGAAUACACAAAUGUCUAUUAUUCUGUACUUUAUGUCUGAUAUUUUGGAAAAGUGAAAAUAAAAGUAUCCACAUACAGGCA